AUGGCACCCCCGCGCCAGCGCACCGCCGCCGUCAUGGACGACUCGCGCUCCGAGGCCUCCAGUGGCACGCGCGAGUACCGCAACGCCGCGGCCAAGAGCCGCAAGCCCGCGGGAUCGACUCAGAAGGCUUCUUUGACGAGUGUGCCAGUCGAGGCCUCCCAUGGUCCGACCUCCCCCCUCGACAUCCUCCACGCCUACCGCCACGCCCACAAACUACCCACCCCCUCCGCCUACAGCAACGACUACUCGCGCAUCAUCCUAUCCCAGGGGGUCGGCCUGCGCUCGCCAACGGCGCUCGCCACGCGCCGGGGCCAGGCGCGGCGAGGGAAUUAUAACGCUUCGCAUUCUCAGCGGAGGAGUGACGAUGCCAAUGCCGAUGCUGAUGCUUCCUCCGCCGAUUCCAAUUCCAAUGCCAAUGCCAACAAUCCUUCAUCUGGCUCAGUUAACGAUGCAGCCCUCCACCGAAUCAUCUCCCAAGGCCGAGUCAGCAAAGACCAGUUCGCGCUCGCCGUGCGGAAACACUUUAAUUCGGCCGGGUUGUCGGAGCAGGAGUCCAUCGCGCGGUUUUUGUAUACCGUGCGUGAGGAGCGCAGAGGACGUCAGUUUCGACUGAGAUUUUUGCCUUGA